AUUUUACUUCGCUUUUUCUUCCUCGGUAAUUACACACGUAGUAUCGAAGAUCCAUACCUGCCGGUACAGUAAGAAGCAAAAAAAUAUAAGCAGAUAACCACAUUCCUUGGUCCCACCAGUAGUCACUUCGAAAUUUGUACCUGCCGGGUAAAGACGUGUUUACGUGCGUCGUGUGAAAUUGUUAUACGUUUGAAAUGCCAAAAAGACAGAGUGGUGGUAGUGAUCAUAGUGGUCCUAGAAGGAAGAGGGGGAGGAAGUAUGAUAGAAUCUUGGAUGAAUUAAAACGGCUCAAAAACAAAAUCACAAGGGAUUCUACAAGCGACAGCAGCUCUUGCUUUUCUGAUGAUGACCAAAACAUAUCUGGUACUGAGAUGAUGAAUCAAAUUAUUACUGAGGCCGAAAUUCAUCCAAUACCUUCUGGCUUUGCUGUUUCAGCGGGUGUUCCGCCAGAAAAUAUCGAUGCAUCUGGGGAAUUUGAAUUUUUGGGAGCAAAACCGAAAUCAAAAAACACUACGUCGCAACCACUACACACAAAAUUAACUGUACGUUGGAAUGCGUUUCUACAAGAUGGUGUCGAUAAAGAGUGCUGUGAAAAAAUAAUGGAGAAGUACCCCCUUUUUGAAAAUUGCCCCUUAAUGAAAUCACCAGUGCUCUCUCCAGAAGUUGCUUGAUGCCUGGAUGACAAAACAUUACGCCAAGAUAACUUUAUGAGAAAGAUACAGGAGCAAACGGCCCAUUCUCUGGCUAUUUUAGGAAGCCAAUUAAAUAGUUUACUAUCAAACAACCCCAAUGGUUCGAAAGAACUAGCAGCUAGCUUAGCAGAUGCAGCGCAGCUGACCUGCAAUAUACAUCAUGCUAUAUCUACACAUAGGAAAUAUAAUAUUUUACCUUCAGCUCGGAAGCUAGCGGAAACAUCUAAAACAGAUGAAUUUUUAUUUGGCAAAAAUUUUGUAGUAGAUUUGAAAUCUUUAGAUGCUGCGAAAAAGGCCAGUUUUGAACUUAAAGCUAAUAGAGCCCGCCUGUUUCAAAAAGCUCCUCUUAUCUCAACCAACAAACAACAGCCUAUAGCGUACAAUCGCCAGAAUUAUCCCGAUUUUCAAACCAAGAAUUUAAACUGGAAGCGCCAGCCUCAGAAGUCCAGAAAGAAAGAUCCCCGAUCAGGAGUGAAGAAAGAACACCACAGACGCCGAUAUUAAUCGAACAACAGGUCAGUGUUGAUUGUAAUCUGUAUCCGGGCCGACUGACACACUUUUUUCGUCGAUGGGAAAACAUCACUAAUGAUAAGAAGAUAUUAGACUGGGUUAAAGGAGUUGUUAUACCCUUUGUCACUUUCCCACGGCAAACUUCAGUCAAACAUGUCAAUAUUUCGUUAAAUGAAUUACAGGCUUACGACCUGGCAAUUAGAGAACUGUUGAGACCAGGUGUUGUUUCACAAUGUCAGUAUGAACCUGGUGAAUUCAUAUCACCUUACUUUUUGAUCAAAAAGCCAAAUGGGAAAUCCAGAUUUAUCUUAAAUCUCAAAGAACUCAAUAAAUUUAUAAAUGCUCCACAUUUCAAACUGGAGGACUAUCGUAGUUUACUAAAAUUUCUAUCACAUGAGUCCUAUUUGGCAAAUAUUGACAUGAAAGAUGCAUAUUAUAUGGUAGCAAUCAACAAUGAUUAUAAAAAUAUCUUAGAUUUAUUUUUAAUGGAAAACGCUAUCAAUUUAAUUGUUUACCAUUUGGGUUAAAUAUAGCGCCAUAUAUAUUUACCAAACUUUUGAAACCACUCGUUUCAGUGCUAAGGAAAACUGAGAAUCUAUUGUUUGUUAGAUAUUUAGAUGACAUUUGUAUAGUCGAGUCAACCAAAGAAAAGUGUCAAAAAGCCGUUAAAUGCUGCAUUACGUUGCUCGAGUAUUUGGGCUUCAAAAUUAACGACAAAAAAAGCAUGACAAUGCCGACCUUCGUAAUAACGUUUUUAGGAUUUACAUAUAAUACGGCAAAUAUGAUCUUUUAUUUGCCCGAAAAUAAAAAAACAGGAUUUGAAAGAUUCAUUACAGAAAUUUAAAAAUAAAGAUAAAUGUUCAAUAUUAUUCCUUGCACGGCUAAUAGGAAAAUUGGAAGCAGCUUGUCCAGCCGUAAAAUAUGGAUGGGUGCACCUGAAAAACUUUGAAAGAGAAAAGUAUAUGGCAUUGAAAAAGUUUAAUAAAAAUUACAAAAAAGUUAUUGGUGUACCUGAGUACUUGAAAGAAGACAUCGAUUGGUGGAUUGAUAAUAUAGAUAAAACAUCUCAAAGUAUCAAUAACAACCAACACUUCGUUUUGGAGAUAUUUUCGGAUGCUUCUACCUCUGGUUGGGGUGGGCAUUGCAAUGAUCUCUCCAUACAUGUAUUUUGGUCCCAGGAGCAAAAGAAGCAUCAUAUUAUUAUUAUUUUUAGCUACUAGCUGCACUUUUUGCACUAAAGUCAUUCGGUAAGAAUUGCAAAAACUGUGAUAUUUUAUUGAGAAUAGACAGUAAAACUGCCAUAGCUUGUAUAAAUAAAGGAGGCAGCAUCUGUUUCAGUAAAUUGAAUAAUAUCACUAGAGCUAUAUGGGACUGGUGUGAAUCGAAAAACAUCAGAAUCUUUGCCUCCUAUAUUCCAUCCAAAGAAAAUACACAUGCUGAUUUACAAUCAAGAUCUCUAUCAAUUCAGACGGAAUAUGAGUUGAACAACAAAGCUUUUCAGUCAAUUUGUAAGAAACUCGGAAAACCUGAAAUCGACUUAUUUGCAACUAAAUUAAAUGCUAAAUGCAAAAUAUAUGCUUCCUGGGGCCCAGAUCCUGACUCUACGUAUAUAGAUGCAUUUACAAUAAAAUAGAAUUUGUUUUUCUACGCAUUUCCUCCAUUUUGUUUAGUGUCCCAGACACUCAACAAGAUUAUGAAGGACAAGGCAACAGGGAUUGUAAUAGUGCCUAAUUGACCAACACAACCCUGGUAUCCUUUAUUUAUCAGACUGUUAAUAUCCGAUCCAAUCGUGUUAGGUCAUAGAACAGAUUUGCUUUCUUCUCCUUUCAGGACAUUUCAUCCACUACACCAGAGGCUUACAUUGGUUGCCGGGAAAUUAUCCGGAAAUCAAUGAUUAAGAGGGGCGUUCCAGAAGAGGUUAUUCCUAUUGUAACAUCUAUUAGUAAGGGCACCCUAAAUCAGUAUGACAUAUGUUAUCGGAAAUGGUGGGAGUUUUGUGUUAAUCUGAAUUCUGAUCCACUAACGCUUAAUCUAAAAAAUAAUUUGUUGUUCUUCAAAGAACAGAUGAAUAACGAAUUAUCUUACUCUAGUCUAAACAUAUAUAGAUCAGCACUAAAUCUUAUCAUUGAACAGUCACUACAUGAAGACAUAAUAAUAAAAAGAUUUCUGAAGGGUGUAUAUAACCUUAGACCACCAAUGCCAAAAUACCAGUCCACUUGGGACCCUGAACCAGUACUGUCAUAUCUAAAAACACUCUACCCUCUUGAUUCAUUGACCAUAGAACUCUUGACAAAAAAACUUGUAAUGUUACUGGCGUUAGCUUCUGGUCACAAGCACAGACCGUAUCCAAAAUUUCGCUAAAUAAAAUUUCAAAAGUAAAAGAUAGGAUCGAAAUAAAAAUUAGUGAAAAAAUAAAGACCUCUGGAAGAAACAAACUUCAACCUGUUUUGAUACUUCCUUACCUUAAAGAAUGCCCUGAGCUAUGUGUAGGUUCAGUGUUAGAAUACUAUAUAGAGAAAACCAAAGAGUACAGAGAAUCUAAUACUUACCUUAUAUUAACGCAUAGGAAGCCCAUUCAUCAAGCUACAUCACAGACAAUAAGCAGAUGGCUUAAAGAUGUAUUGAAAGCUAGUGGCAUAAAUACAGAAAUUUUUAGUGGACAUAGCACUCGUCAUGCCGCGACAUCUGCGGCAUCUCGAUCAGGAGUUAAAAUAGACACUAUUAAAACUGCGCUGGUUGGACCGCAAAAUACUGAUGUGUUCUUUAGAUUUUAUAAUCGCCCAAUAAUAGAAAAUCCUAUUACAUUUUCAAAAGCUGUACUCAAAAUUAAUUAGAAAUGUUGGUGGUACCGCUUUUAUCCUUUUUGUAGAAUUUAUAGUUAAAAAAAUAUGUUAUACUUCUUGUUACUGUUAAUUGUUAUUAUUACUAAGUAUGUACAUGUGUGAUUGAUGUUUAUGUACAAAAGACAGAUAUGAUUGAAGUUAUUAUUUGUAUCAAAAUUUAUGGAAAUUAAAU